AUGUCGGAAAGCGAACAACGUGAAGGUACACCUCAAACACCACCUAUCUUGUCCGAGAGUCCCAAUCCAGUCACGCCACGACAAUUUGAAGAUCAGCAAGAAGCUCAAAGAAGUUUUGUACUUAUACCUGAACAUCAACAAAUCAAAGACUUCGAAAUGUAUUCCAAUUCUCAUCGGGAUAUUCAUCCGUAUACUCGUCCUCUGACCAUCUCCGAUCUGGAGUCGGUUUUGACCCUCGAGAAUACCGCCUUCACAGAUCCAAACGAAAGAGCAUCUAGAGAAAAGGUUGGCCAUCGAUAUCUCAACUCCACUUCUUUGAAAUUUUUGACGUGGCUAACCUUCAUACAGUUGAGAUAUAGACUUACCAGAUGUGGUGAGCUAUGCUUGGGUAUCUUCUGCACUAUGACGCCCGGCUCCGAUCCCAAAAUCGAGACUCUUGCCACAGGUCGUCCUGUUGAGACAAGUCGAAAGAAUGGAGCGAUUAGUGUUCUGAUGGGCCAUGUUAUUGCAGCCAAGACACAUGACUUGACAGCUUCGGAUGCAUCAAUGGGGGUUCCCGAGGGUUGGGAGGCUACCAAACCUCCACGUACAAAUCUAGGCCAUCAAGAGGAUGGUCCACAAAAUAAAUUUUUAUAA